AUGGCCUCGAGCAAGUUCUGGACAUGGACGAAAGGCUCCAACAUGUCUCGGCCCUCGGGCGAGUUCGCUCGUGUACGUGCCACCUGCCACCUGUCCAAAGAGUUCUCCGUCUACUUACAACACUGACAGGACUCGCCUAAUCUGAAGCGAAAGCCUUUGCCUCUGGACUUCGAUGCCGGACCUGACGAGAAGCCGAAUCGCAAAACGAGCAGUCGUACAAAUGACUCCAUCGCCCUGCAAGAAGCAGCUGUUCAAUCGGCAACAAGUCUCCUUGCAGUCAUGAAUGAUUGCCUCAACACGCACCUCUUAUCAACUUCCCAGCAGCAGCCAAACGGGUUGCAGCCAACGCAAGGCAGGCCGCGGUCACGAACUGCUCCCUCAACUCCGAUGGCCGAAGCACCCGCCAUGGAGCCUGUCGAGUUGCCGGCUUCACCUUCGCCCACCAGGUACGAUUGAACAAUGCGCAAGCCUUGCAGUGCCAUUCGAUGCUCGGCCUACUGACAGGCAUCAUGCCCUUUUUCUAUCACUGUGUAUCCGAGGAAAAGCUAACCUUUGAAUUGUAGGAAAUACCAGAAACACAGGUUCAAGCAUUCCGUAGACAGCAAGCUUGCCCGUAAUGUGUCCUCUUCCAACACUGAGUAUCUUGACCGCGACAUCGACAGACCACAUAGCAGCCCACAGGAGACUCACCACAAGCUCCCAGUACCUCCAAAGACACCACAUGAGAGCUUCUACCGAUGCGGUACAAGUUAUCCACCCGCAUAUCUUGCACCUCCGCCACAUUUUGGAAGCCCUAGAAACAGAGCUUUCUUACCGAGCAACUCCGCAUUCCACCUUAGUGACGAGACAUUGGUGAAUCCCGAAGCCGAAAGUGCUACAAAGUGUGGCAAGCGCCCUUCUUUAGGUACUUCUCCAAACUGGCAACGCAACACAUCAUCCGCUCGAGGCACCUCACAAGACCAUGGCGCACUAGCAGUUCCGAAGAUUUCUACACCCGUGGAUUCAGCACGAAACAUCUCUAUCCCGCGAGAAGUUCCAAGUCCAGCGGACCUGGAGGACGUUCUCAUCGCCCAAACAGCCGCCAUGAGAGCUUCUCAUGAGGCGCAUGUUGCCUCUCUGAAAGAAACACACGAGCGUGAAGUAGCCUCGUAUCGAGCUUAUAUCUCACUGCUGGAGAACCAAAGAAUGGCAAAUACAGCGAGGCCAGAUCCUCAGAAUGCCACGGCGAGAGAGAGACAGCACCUGACUAUAGACACAUGUCAGCCCAGGCAUAACGGCCUCCUUAGCUCUUGUGUUAGUGCCAGUACAUCGCUCCAGUCGUUCGAGCUAUCACUCGAGAAUCAAAAGCGAAAAUCUCUGGAGGCCGCGGCGGAAGUGGAGUCUUUGAAGCGAAAGCUUGAACUAUCUCGCAAAGCCCAAGCUGAUCUCGGCGACGUCAGACGUGAGCGUGACCAGCUUCGGGAAGCGACAGACAAGAGCGAUCGCAGAAUUGCGCAGCUCAAAGAUCUCGUGCGAAAAGCUAAAGAGAAAGAGAGAGCUGCGAAGAAUGCUGCGGCUGCACUAGAGGUACGUCAUCCAAGAGCAAAAGCUGUCUCUAUUAAUCCUCUCACCCCCGAGAGCUCUGCAGAUUCCUUUGACGAUACCAUAUCUUAGCACCGGCUGACUUUCAUCAUCUUUUAAACAGGCUGCUCUUGAGUCCGCGAACAAUGAAAGACUGGAUGUGCUUGAAGGCUUCCAUGAAGCUUGCACUCAGAUUCGAAAACUGCGACAGCGUGAGCGAGAGUUGAUCAAGGAGCAGAACGAGAUCAACAAUAGGUAUGGCAUGACCGAGGCCAACAUCAAGCGCGUGAGACCUCUGGGGCGCGAAAGUACGAAGAUUGACUACCAAGAGCUCGAACGACGCCGUAACACGCUACGACAUGAUCCGCUCCUGCAGCAGUUAGACGAGCUCCGACAGAUGGUGGCGGAAAAGGCCGCGAAGAUUCUGGAGCUGGAAAACGCCAACGAGCUAUCCACAGGAUCGCAACAAGAUCCAAAAGUUCAGCUCGAAAGGACAAGACAGGAGCUCAUAGCGACCCAACAAGACCGUGAUCGUUAUAACUCCUUGCUUCAUUCUGAGCUGCGACGGCAGAGCCGGAUAGCAGGCCAGAAGCUCAAUCUCACGACUCCACAGAUCGAAGCCGAGGCAUCAAAGGCCCUCUCGCAGCGUCUCAGAGCGGACUCCGCCCACGCUACCGCAAAAGAAGCGACAGACAGAGAAGCCCAGUCGGAGAUGACCAAGAUCGAAAUCCUCGAACAGGAACUCCAGCAUUGCAUGCAGGAAAUCAUCCUGUACAAGCUCGACAUCAAGGGCUACAAGAAGGACGUCAAGAAAGCCACGGCGGAAGUCGAAGCGUUACGAACGCAGACCCAGAGAAAUGCUCCAAUUGUUCCUGACAAGGAUGCAUAUGAGGUCUCGAUCCCUCCUGGUCUAGGAAUCCACUGGCCACCACCGCGGACCCCAUGCACGCCGAACCGGCCAUUCGCCUCGUCGGCGGCGACUUUGACACCACAGCCUCCACCCACUUCGACGGUCAGCAGCCCACCGCAGCGCAAGACGCCCCUCUCUACGCAUAAAAAAUUGCCGAAACCGCCGGUGUCUGCCAGUCCUCCGCAUCCCUCGGCCACCCAAGCAUCGCCUCCUCUUCCGGGUAUUCAGCGCCAGGAAACCCUGCGCUCUCUUUCGGAGUCUAUUAUUUCCUCCUAUGCGAAGAGGUCUACACCCGAACAGACGAAUGUCUUUCAGACGUCGUCAUGGCGAGGUCGCAGUUCGGACCCUCCAAAGCAUAUUUCUGCUUUUGUGAUGGGAGCCCCGGUGCCCAUCAGUGUACCGAAGCAUGAGGCGGAGAUGUUGAGGACGCCUGUGAGAAGUGCUGCUGCUGCUGCUUGUUUUACGUGA